AUGAGUGAUAUUAGAAGCGGUAACUGGCAAGGGCAGAGCUUUGAGGAAAACGAAAAGAUGGUGAGGGACGACAUGUCGGCCCAGCUGGCCUGGUGGAAGGCUAUGAGACCCCAAAAGGCUCUGAUGAAGUUUAGGUUGCCGUACACAGAGGGUAAGGUUGAGUACGUGUCGGGGAAAGUGUAUUACCCUAUAUGGGGCGCGCAGACUACCACCGAAGCCAGACUAACUAUAGAAUCGCCGGACGCUCCUAUGAUCGA